GGUCGGUGGCUGUGGCGAGGUAAUUGUUGACAAUUCUGGAGGCAGUUGCGGUGGUUGAGUUUAGGAAGACAGCCACUUCUCAAAAUGCUCAGUUGUUGUUUGUGGCUGUGUGUUUAUUUCAUCCCACCGGUAUUUUCCUAUUUCUCCGACCAAGCGCUUUAUCAAGAAGCUGAGACAAACCCAUAUACACACCAAGUCUGGGUCAGGCAGACAGAAGAUGAGGCACGGCUGCUGUGGCAGAGGCCAGGGAGACAGAUCCAGCCUUGUGUGGGAGCCCGGGGACAGAGGGGACGCUGUGUCCAGAUGGAGAGUUGUGUCCUGGGAGAUCUUCACCAGGAUUAUGUAAAGAAUAGAGACUACUUCUGCAUAAUGACGAGUCAAGGGUUCCUGGGAAGCACUACAGUAACAGGUAUUGGAGUGUGUUGUCCUGACUCAGUGAACAGCCCAGUACAGUACCAGGAGGGGAUGUUCAACCAGGUGAUUACUGAGUCAGUAUCAUCUCUACCACUACAACAAACAACUACUGCAGCUCCUAGUGCGGAAAUUCCAAAUCGGAUACCAACGCCUCCUUCACCUUCUAACAAUCUUCCUCAAGAUGUAUUUCCUCUUGCAGAUUUUAGAGUCUGUGGCCGCAAUGGUAAGAAGAUCUCUCGCAUCACCUCAGGAGCACCUACCUCUGUCAAGGAUUGGCCCUGGAUGGCUGCACUGGUCUACAGGUCCACUAUGAAGCAGUUCUGUGGAGGCACUGUAAUAACUCGGCGACAUGUACUCACGGCAGCUCACUGCUUCCCUAAGGCUGAUCCAAAUGAGGUGAUUGUACUCUUGGGAGACUAUGAUCUGAGGCGUCCUGAUGAGAGCAAGUCCCGAGCGUUCUCUGUAGUUCAGUUGAUCAUCCACGAAGACUUCGAUGUUACAACAUUUGAGAACGACAUCACAAUCAUGGUGCUGAACACUACAACCAUCUAUAAUUCCUUUAUCCAGCCCUGCUGCCUACCACCCCCUGGACCUAGAUUUGCCAACUCUACAGCAGUUGUUACUGGAUGGGGAAAGCUGGAGUUUGGAGGGCGCAGCCCCAAUGUGUUGAUGGAGGUGCCCAUUCCCAUCUGGGAGCAGAAGCGCUGCUCGCCCAACUUUGCCCAGACUAUCUUUGACACAAACCUCUGCGCUGGAGCAUAUGAGGGAGGCAAGGAUUCCUGCCAGGGAGAUUCGGGAGGUCCUCUGGUGAUUCAGCGGAGAGAUGAACGAUGGGCAAUCGUUGGUGUUGUAUCUUGGGGUAUCCGUUGUGGUGAGAAGGAUAAACCUGGCAUCUACACAAGAGUCAAUGACUACCUUGAUUGGAUUGCUCAAGCCAUUUUAUGAUCUUAAUUCACUUAACUCUUAAUUUAUAUUUAUUUUUAAGUACUGUUCCUGUACAACAUUUAAAUAAAUAUUCUAUUUGAAAAAUAAA